UUUAGUCAGUGGGAUGAAACGGAUCGCAGUAGGCUAAACCGGAGGAUCUAGCUGGCAUGUCCGCGUAAGACUUUGUUCUUUUAUAAUACAUUUGAAAAAACAGUCAAUCUCCACGCUGGGACAGGUGUUGCUGAACAGCUAACGUCCGGCUAUGAGAGUCCUCCUCCGGUGGUUGACGGCGCCUCCUGCAGGGAAGUGUUCACUCCCACAACGACAUGGCUGCUGCAGUCAGGAUGAGGACGUGGAGCUGUCCGACCAGAGGAGUUUUUUAUCCAUGGGCAGUCCUUUUUUUAGUUUUUCUCAGCACCUUAAAUGCGGUUGUUGCGGCACCAGAGACAGGGCUUUGGAAAAUCACAGUUGUAAAUACCUCAAGACCCCUGCUGUUAAGGAAAUCCAUGUAUAAAGACACUGACAUUGAAUUGAAAGUUGUGCGUUUUGGCUGUCCUGAGGAGGUGACCUUCGAUAUUCACUGGUAUUUAAAAUACUACCCCUGUCACAACGAAUUCAACAAUAUUGAAGAAAUGUACGGGAGAACAGCGCUGAGUCGCGGGGAGAGCCUGGAUCCAAAUCCCCUCGGACAAGGAGAGUGCAUUGAACACAGACACAGUAAAAUAACAUGUAACAGUGAGCUGCACUCCUUUCCAAUGCUCAAAAAAUCCAAGGCAGAUCCUCGUCCAGUUGUUCCGCCUGUUCAGGGUGAAGUUCCUGAUGAAAAAUGGAUUACUGAGGAGUAUGACAGCAGCAGCGCAGCCAAGAACAGCAGUGUAAACAUCCCUGACAACGUCAUAGCCACCACGUGGAAGGACGGGCCUUACCUGCUGGUUGUUAAGAUUGUGUCCAAUAAAGAGGAUGCCAACUGGAAUUUAACAGUUAAUGUGGUGAUGAAAAGCAGCCGUGGCUACAUUUCCAUCACAGAAUGGCCUCUCAUGAUUUUCUACAUGGUGAUGUGCAUCGUGUACAUCCUGUACGCCCUGCUCUGGUUUAUCUGGGCAGCGUGCUACUGGAAGGAUCUGCUGAGGAUCCAGUUCUGGAUAGCAGGGGUCAUAUUUCUCGGGAUGGUGGAGAAGGCCGUCUUCUGUGCCGAAUAUGAAAACACCAACGCUGUCGGCUCGGCUUCUCCAGGCUUGUUGAUCUUUGCCGAGCUGGUCUCUGCCCUGAAGCGGACUCUGGCUCGUUUGCUCGUCAUCAUCGUCAGCCUUGGCUAUGGCAUUGUAAAACCUCGCCUGGGGCAAGUGAUGCACAGAGUUGUGGGGCUCGGCAUCCUCUACUUUGCCUUUGCUAGCAUUGAAGGAGUCCUGAGGAUUACUGGGGCGAAAGACUCUGACUUGGCCCUGCUGGCCGACAUUCCCCUGGCUCUGCUUGACUCCUCUCUAUGCUGGUGGAUCUUUGUCAGCCUGGCACAAACCAUCAAGACUCUGAAGCUGAGGAGAAACCCCGUCAAGUUGUCUCUCUACAGGCACUUUACAAACACACUAAUAUUUGCCGUCAUUGCGUCCAUCAUUUUCAUGGGUUGGAUAGCGAAGAAAUUCCGGCUAGCAGAUUGCCAGUCUGAUUGGAUCGAGCUGUGGGUGGAAGAUGCUUUCUGGAGGUUCUUGUUCUCAGUCAUUCUGCUCGUCAUAAUGUUUUUGUGGAGACCCUCUGCAAACAACCAAAGGUACGCUUUCACACCUCUGAUUGAUGACUCUGACGACGAGGAGAUUGAGGAGUUCAUCGCCUCUACAAACAUUGCUGAUGGCAUAAAGUUGAGAUCUACUAAAAGUGAGAUGAAUGGCACAGGGAGGCCCGCCGAAGCCAACCCAGAGGAAGACUUGAAGUGGGUGGAGGAUAACAUUCCUAGCUCUCUUACGGAUGUAGCUCUACCUGUCCUGCUCGACUCAGAUGAGGAAAUCAUGACGACCAGAUAUGAGAUGUCAAAGCUGGAGUGAGGCAAAACAUUUCCAGACAUGGAGGAAGAACAAAGAAGCUGUCCCUGACUCUGCAGCAGAGUUUUCUGCAGGAUUUCCAGUCGGGUGGUGGUGGAGUGCUAUUUAGUUCUUCAGGGGUACUUCCCGUAAGGCUUCUACUUCGCAGGGUGGUGGUGCAGGCCACAGUUUAGGGGGAGCUCUGCUCAGUUCCUCAACUUCUCAAGAGCAAAGGACUCUACCAGAGGACAACUUGUCUUUUCACUGACCAGCUUGUUCACCAUUUCCCUGAUUAUUAUCAGUUUUGAGCUUUUCUUUCCAAAGAGAAUUUCAUGUUUCAUUUUAUAUUAAGUGCUGUAUUUAUUUAUGUUAUGUUCAUGUGGAUUUAUUUUAUCAGAGGAUUAAGAACAGUGGGCCUCAUGCAUGAGCAUACUUUCAAAUAUACGUUAAGUGUCUUUUUUUUGCGGGGAAUCUCGAUGUUAUUGGUUAGUUGUUAAGAUACUUUAAUUUAUUAUGGGGAAAUAAUUAAAAGGCCUUUCUUUUCCCCAUCAGAAGCAUUCAUGAAGUUCAGUAAACUAUGUCUUUUUCACACUUCUUUUUCGUUUUGUUUCCAACAUUAAAAUCUGAGACGAGAAACACGUUGACUUUGAAUAGAACAGAUCAAAGCUUUGAACAUCACAGCUGGGACUACAUGGCGUUCUUGUAUGACGCCUAAUGUGUUCAGGUAGUUGAGAACAAUAUGUAUGAAUGUAUGUUCAUGUCUACAAGCGCCCACAGUGUUGGUGUAGGAUAAGUGAGGGGGGGAUGAAUUGGGGAUGUGCGGUCAUGUUUUGAAUCUACCGUGUGUGUGUGUGUGUGUGUGUGUGUGUGUCUGUCAUCUGAAAUGAGCAGCAAUAUACCGUUUCAUUUAAAAUGUUAAAUCCUUUCAUUAUUUAUUUGUCUUUUAAGUGUACUUAUAAGUUGUUGAAGAGUUUCUUCGCCCAUGUUUACUCCCCAAGUGUGUUCACAAUGUGUCCUUCAAUUUUUUUAAUGCAUUGGAUCCCAAACAAUUUCAAAAUGUAUGAGGCGAAUAACAAACUGUAGCUUGUUUCUUAUUGCUUUGCAUUGUUUGCUUUCUUUGCUGAUAAAAAACACUAAUCAUUGUGGUGCUUUCACAAACCUCUUAAUAACAUUCAUGUUCUGUCAAAUGAGUCUUAUUUUCUUCUGAAAACGGUUUUCCUGUUGUUUUUUUUCGUCUGUGUGGAUUUGGAGUUUGAACACCGUUUUCAUGUGUCGUCGAUGUAACGGCAGGACUUCUCUGUCGAGGCCGUUUCAUGUUAUGACACAUUAGGUAAGGUGUGUGGUUAGCCCAAGCACAAGCUGAUCACUUUGGUUUAUAAUGUCCCUGUUCUGUUUUUUUUUUUUUAUUGGUUGGAAACCUGGAAGAAUUGUGUUUAUGAUGGCAAGCUGUCCGUCUGUUAUAUAAAACUGCAGACACCUGCAGUGGACCUCAAUUUAUUUGUACAGAUGAAUUUUGGCUGAUUCCUGUUAUUUCAUAAUUCCACAGGUGGGGAGGUGUCUGGAUUUGUUAUGGGUGUCACAAAAAACUUUUCAUACCAGCAGUGUUCUUCUCUCUUCCUUCUCAGGAGGUGUGCACACUCAGAUUAAAUAUUAAUAUUGAACACAGGAGAAUGUUUCCUGGGCUAUGAUUUUCAGUAUUAAUUUGGGAAAUAAAAAAAUAAAACAUUUUAACACGA